AUGGGGACUCGGAUCCCUCUCAGUGACGAGAGUUCAGAUUCAUACCUAACAGAUUAUUCAGAGACGAGUGAUGGAUCAGACUGGGAUUAUCAACAACGUUCUUCAUAUCCAAAUUCGUAUCCUGAAGUCAACAACAUUAUACAUAAAAUGUGGGACACAGUGUUGGAUCACAUCCAUGGAUAUCAACAAAAGUUAGCAUCAACUACAUACUUGGUGUGUAAGACAGACGCAUUUCAUAAACCAGCUAUUAUAAAAAGUAAUGCGGAGCACGCAGAAGAACAAUUACUAUCUAAGAUACAGAGUAUCUCCAAGGUGCCGUUGAAGAUUAUUAUCUACAUUAAUAAUUCUCCUUGUGCUAAAUGCGCGAGUUUGUUGAAACAAUUUCUAUUGGAUAAUCAACAUAUUCAAAUGGUUCUAUACAACGCUCAUCUGUACAAUAUACAACGGAUAUCUUGUAAAUCCAGAAAAGCAGCUAAGAAGAAUGAAAAACAUGUAACCAAAAUAUCAAAUGAAGAUCAUGUGAAGAAUUACAAUGGUCUGAGAGAUCUGAUGAGCCUGGGAGGUCACCAAUGCAGGAUUGAAGCUUUCACGAAGAAAGUCUGGAAAGACUUGCUAGACGUGACAGGCAUUUCUAGACAAAUGAUGAGCAAUUACAACAGAAGGAAGAGAGGAUGUGAUAGAAGCCGCAAAAAUGAAGAUAAACGUAUUAAAAAAGAUCUCAAUGAAAUAAAAAGAUUUUCAAUUCCAUGA